CGGUGCGUUACGGGGCAGCAGUGAGCCGUCGGGAUGCUUGACCAAGAAAAAGACAAGCGAGCGAAACUCGAAUCUCUUUAAACGUCGCUUUGACAUAAGUAAAUGUAAAUUCACCGUUUCGUCUUUGUCUUUGACCAACAAAACGAUGUGGAGGCGACAUUAAACCUACUUCCUGAAACUAGUUCAAUUUAGAACUCGUGUGAGUUUCCUCGAGCGACCCUCUUAGCAACAAUGCUCGCUACCCGGGCGACGGCGGCGAAAAAGACUCGGGAGAAAGUUGCCAACAAGCAGCGGAACGAGCACCGGGCCAGCAAGGUGUUGGCCGAGAGGAACCAGGCGGUCGUGGCCGUGGGAGCCUGGGUGGAGGACGGCCAAGAAUUCGAGGAGCAUCCGUGUGACUUGGCUUCUUACACCGACGAGCUUCAGGCGGAGAAGCAGAGGGAGAAUGAAGAGAGCCUGCGAAGAUUUCAGGCGCAAGUGCGUCGUCGUGUGGCUGCAAUGAGCAAGAGGCGACUUCAGGAAGCACAUUCAACGUGUCCCGUUAACAGGGGAAUCCCGAAACCACAUCACCUGCCAGGGAAGACAAACAUAAAUGAGCUCCGCGACAGUACCCGGCAGGUCCGACUCAAACUGGCAGCCUGCCAGACCAGCCAGUCCACCAAUGAGACGUCAGAGCCUUCCGCGGACAACUGGAAGAUCUCACUCACCAGACAUAUGACCGAAUGUGAUGUCCUGAGGGAGGAAGAGGAGGAGGAUGUUGAAGAUGAUGAUGAUGAAGAGGAAGAUGAAUACAGAAGUGACCUAUUUAGAUACCCAGCAAGCAGUGCCAGAUCUGUUUUGACAACUGCACGUGGGUGGGACGUUUCCACAUCUGAUCCGAGGAUUGACAAGGUUCUGUGGCCUAUCCAGGACCAGGAGGAGUUGAGAAGACAGCGCCUGUCGCAGUUCCUGAUGCACCGCCGCCACUUCAUGAGCGUCGAGCGGCAGCGCGUGAAAGAGAGCGACCAGCACAGGAAGCACCUGAAGAAGACGGCCAGGAUCAAAGCGAACAAGGAAAAAGCGCGCCUGGAGGAAGAGCGGCAGCUGGAGCGCACGCGGCAGCUCUCGCACGUCCGCCAGCACUAA